UUUCUGUUUGUGGUGUGUGUGGAGGUGUGCUGGGAAGGGUAUAUGCUGCACUGUAAAGAUGAAAAGUAUAUCUUUUUUCAUUGGCCAUUUCACAUUUAACAUACAUGAAUCAUCCCAUAAGAUUUGAUGUCAGUGUUGGGCAUGUAGUCCACCAUUUUAUCAGGGCUUUUGCUGGCGGUAGCUUUUGUUAAGUGCCUAUUAUUUCCACAAUGUGGAAAACACUGACAAAAUUGCAGACAUAUAUUCACACCAAAAAACGGGAACCAUCGGAAAUUAGAUUUUAGUGAAAGGAUAUUGGAUAUUUGUCAUCAAUUAUGAUUUUAUCAAAAGGAAACAUAUCGGAGUAAAACGUUAAGUAAUCACGAAGCGCACACACUAAAGCAGUAGGAAACUUGCAUGAGUUUGUUUUUCAAUGAAUCAGAGCAUAAGAUCCUCCCAGAGAACAACAAAAAUAACUGGUUUUACUUAUGAUCACGUCACCAUUCGUUUGGUUGAAAUGAAACGAGAACGUUCGAAUCUAGCCAGCAAAAGCCCAGUAAAGUAAAUCUGGUUCUUCCUCGUCUAUUCUAGUGACUGGUAAGUGAUCACAGAUGAGCAAUGAGUGAUGAACUGUACCCUGCUGUCUCCCCCCCAAAUCAUGAACUUCUGUUUUUUGUAUCUUGAUGUUUUUGUGUGCUUUAUAGCGCAGCAGCCGACGCGAGUCGCUUGUUCAUAAAACAUCUAAUGAAACGAGUAAUUCCGGACGAGUCUAAAGCCCUGUCGCUGCUGGCCCCAGCCAAUGCCGUGGCAGGAAUCUUGCCCGGGGGAGGCCUUCUCCCAACACCAAACCCUUUGAUGGGAGGCUCAGCUUUUGGUGGUCUAGGAGGCCCGAACAUGGAAUGCAUGUCUGCUAUGGGAAUGGCUGGAGCCAACAUGAACCCUCAGGCCCUCUCUGCGGAUUUCCUCAAGCUAAUGCAAUCAAUGGAUCCUAAGAUGAAUCCGAUGGCUGCAGGGCUAAACCUCAACUCGGGUAUGAAGACUGACGCCUCCAACAAGGAGAUCGAGGAAGCCAUGAAGAGGGUCAGAGAAGCCCAGUCUCUCAUAUCGGCAGCAAUUGAGCCAGGAAAUAAGAGUGACAAGCGCAAACAUUCUCGCUCCCCGUCGAGGUCAAGGCGGAGGAGAUCCGGUUCUAGGUCGAGACACAGGCGAUCGAAGAGCAGGUCUCGACGCAGGUCCCAGUCCAAGAAUAGGAGGCGUUCCAGGAGUCCACGGAGGAGGAGAUCCCACUCCAGAGACAAGAGCCGACGCAGCAAGUCCAGGGAUAGGAGGAAGGAGGAAAAAUUGAAGAAACGCUCCAAGACGCCCCCCAAAAGCUACAGCAGUGCCAGGAGGUCUCGAAGCAUCAGCCGGAGACGUCGAAGAAGCCGCAGUGCAUCCAGGUCACCAAAGAAGUCCAGGUCUCCAAAGAGGAAGCUGUCAAAAUCCCCUUCCCCUAGAAGGCACAAGAAGGAGAAGAAGAAGGAUAAAGAACGCGAAAAGGACCGGGGCCGCGAACGAAAGGACCGGGAUCAGAGCAGAGACGAAAGGGAACGCUCCACCAGCAAGAAGAAGAAAAACAAAGACAAGGACCGCAAAUCAGACGGCGAGAAAGGAGACGUUAAGGUUUGGGACAAAUCAAGUGUUCCAAUUAAACAGGUGACCAGGGACUACGACGAGGAGGAGCAAGGCUACGACAGCGGAAAGGAGGGAGAGGUGGAAAAUGAGGAGGAGACCAAGAGCGAUUCGGACUCCUCCCCCAAGCCUCAGGAUGUCUCCACAGAGACACCCGAGGGACAGGUCCUCAAGAAGUCCAAACUGAACGGAGACGACCAUCAUCAGGAAGACAUGGAGAUGAGUGACUGAUGACUCGCUCUGUUGAUGAUUCAGAACAGCCAUCGUUACGCAUACCCUACUGUUCUUUUAUACAGGGCCACAAGAUUCAUGUGCCUGCUGUCUCAAAACAUAUUUAGUUAUGUGUAGUCUUAAAUGGGAAGUUUGUACAGUUUUUUUGCAUUUCACUGAGAUCUCACCCAACUGGAAAAAAAUGUUCGGUUUAGCUUCACCCGUUUGUUUAUCUUACAUAGAGCAACCAAUAUGCAUGUGUCCCAAAUACCUUUAGUAAAGAAUGGUUAAAGAGUGUGUCACGUCAGGCAAGUUUCUAAAAUUACACUGCUGUACUUAAGUUCCAAGGGCCUUCUAAAUUUUUUCAAAUCGAUUUCCUUUUCUCUUUUUUCCUUUUUUAAUCUUGAAAGUUGUUUUUCAUGAAUUCAUGAAAUUGAAUGAAUUGUAUAUUGAAAUAUUUCACUGGACAUAAGUCUCAGACACAGCAUAUUCAGUUGUGCAGAGCAGGUUUUCAUCUGGAUUCCUAAUAAAUAACCUUUGAAGAA